GUGUACUGUAUAUAUGAGUAUAAUAUGUGUACUGUAUAGGUGGGUAUAAUGUUUGUACUGUAUUUAUGAGUAUAAUGUGUGUACUGUAUAGAUUGGUAAAAUGUGUGUACUGCGUAGAUGGGUAUAAUGUUUGUACUGUAUAUAUGAGUAUAAUGUUUGCACUGUUAUAUAGAUGUGUAUAAUGUUUGUACUGUAUAGACUGGUAUAAUGUUUGUACUGUCUAGAUGGGUAUAAUGUUUGUACUGUAUAUAUGAGUAUAAUGUUUGCACUGUUAUAUAGAUGUGUAUAAUGUUUGUACUGUAUAGACUGGUAUAAUGUUUGUACUGUAUAGAUGUGUAUAAAGUUUGUACUGCAUAGAUGGGUAUAAUGUUUGUACUGUAUAGAUGGGUGUAAUGUUUGUACUGUAUAGAUGGGUAUAAUGUUAGUACUGUAUAGAAUGGUAUAAUGUUUGUACUGUAUAGGUGGGUAUAAUGUUUGUACUGUAUUUAUGAGUAUAAUGUGUGUACUGUAUAGAUUGGUAUAAUGUGUGUACUGCGUAGAUGGGUAUAAUGUUUGUACUGUAUACAUGAGUAUAAUAUGUGUACUGUAUAGAUGGGUAUGUACUGGCAGCCGUGUACAGACUCUGCAGAAUGCAAAACAGAUGACGUCAACCUGGAGUGUGUUGUACGGGAGGAUAAAGAAGGGUUUUGGUGUGAAUGUCAGGAUGGUUGGGAUUUAGUCCAAGGAUUCUGCGCCUCCCAGAAUAAGGAUCUUGGCUUUUUCAGUGAAGAGAACUGGAGCAGAAUCCAGGUUCUUGGAUUCCUAAUCUGUCUUGGAUCCCUUCUAGUUAUAUUGGUUGGGAACCCAGGGAGAUCUAGAUCAACCAGAUCAUACCAUACGCUUCCUCUUCCAUAUGUACAAAAGAGGAAACUGUCAGGAUCACCUUAUAAAGAAAACAAGAAGAACAAAAACAACAGAAACAAGAACAAGAACAACAUCAACAACAACAACAACAACAACAACAACAGCUACAACAAUAAUUAUAAAACAUCAGAAAAAGAGCAAAAAAACAGUUUGUUAGCUUAUUAAAAACUCUUCAAAACUUACCCCUAGGGAUAAAAGGAGGUCAACGAGAGAUACAAAUUACUAAACCGAUUAAAAAGUUCUGUGACAGUUACGUUAAACUUACAAAAUAUUGGUUUAUACAUUUAAUCUAUGUGUGAAGUUUGUGAAGGGACUGUAAGCGUAAUAUCAAGUGACACCCCAUGCAAAGAUAGCAAUGCCCGAUUUAAACCUUUAUUUGGUCAAUAAUGGAAGAUUUCGAGUUCCAAGGUCUAAAAGAGUUUAAUUCCGAUAAUUCUUGUAUGUCUUACUGCAGGAGAAAUGCGAAAAUAAUCUGUUUUUAACAUUGAUAGCUUGCCAGGGUACAUUUGUUGCAUAAAACGUGCUGGGUGGACUCUACACUGGGUAGUCCAGACUGGACAGUACAUACUUGGAUCAUGCAACUGUUAGAGUGGGGUGCGUUGUGAUUUAGUGAAAAGAGUAUUGCCAUCUUUGCAAUUGUGCUUCAGUCCCCUUCAAAUAUCUUAAUAUGUACAAAGUAUGCCCUAUUGUAUUUAAACAUUGAACAGUUUCUUCAAGAAAACCCUGUUUGAUUUCAUAACAAAGUUUUAUCGUAAACCUAAAACUGCUGAUGUUCUUAAAUUAUACAUUUUUUCCCGGACAAAUAUUUAAACAAAAUCAAAUUUUAUUUUAUAAC